AUGGCUCCUCAUAACGAUGUAGACGCCUUUCACGACGUCCUGCGCUCAAGCAAGCGUAUCCUCGCCCUCUGUGGAGCUGGUCUGUCGGCUUCCUCUGGUCUUCCUACGUUUCGUGGCGCCGGUGGUCUCUGGCGUAACCACGAUGCUACGUCUCUCGCUACUUUGAAUGCUUUUGAAAAGGAUCCGGGUCUUGUUUGGCUGUUCUACGCCUACAGACGCCACAUGUGCUUGCGCGCUGAGCCGAAUCCUGCACAUCACGCUCUGGCAGCUUUGGCGAAUAAGAACAAGGACUUUUUGUGUCUGACGCAGAAUGUCGAUAAUCUCUCCCAACAAGCAGGUCAUCCUCAGGAUCAACUGCGUGCUCUACAUGGCUCGCUCUUCGAUAUCAAAUGCACCAACUGCAGCUGGAUCGGACGCGGCAACUAUGACGAUCCUUUCUGCCCUGCUCUUGCGCCAGCUUCGGUAGACGUUGAACCCGGCAAGCCAUUUCCUCUACUUGAUGCCUCACAGCCUCUGGACCCGAUCUCACCAGAUGAGAUCCCAAAGUGUCCCGAGUGUAAGACAGGUCUGCAAAGACCCGGCGUCGUAUGGUUCGGCGAGAACCUGGACGAAAUUAUGCUGAUGGGCAUCACGAACUGGCUACUCAAGGACAAAGUGGACUUGAUGCUUGUCAUAGGCACAUCGGCACAGGUCUACCCAGCUGCCGGCUAUAUCGAUAAAGCCAAACGCAAGGGUGCACGUAUUGCAGUCAUCAACCCCGAAGCUGAGAAUGAAGAGGAGAUGUACAAGGUCAAGCCUGGUGACUUCGCCUUUGGCCAGGAUGCUGCAGAGUAUCUCCCCUUGCUCUUGGAGCCCGUUAUUGGGAAGCUCGAGACGGAAAAGAAGUAG